CUUGCGCCUGCGUCCUGAUUACAUCUUAAACAGGUCUUUUCAUUGCGCGAUCCGAGCAGCGCCUAUGGAGGAGAGCGUGGUCGAGUAAUCUCCAUACCGUUGCCGGAAUGGAUGCACUCUUGAAUCUAGAUUCGCCACGAGGCAACUACGUGUGCAGUUCCAUUCAAGAGAUACAAGACAAAUUGCAUCAUAGCCUCAUUUCGAAGUCUUCCGAUACCCACGCAGAGCACACCUCCAUCACCUUCGAAUUCCGGCAUAAUACCCUCUUCAAUAUAAAUGGAGAUACCGACAAUAAUAGCCCCGAUGGCUCCAUCGAUCCUACAAGUCAAUCGCAGCAACCGCCUAUUGCUAGAACUGUCAAUGUUUCCGAGACAGUGCAGAACCAACCGGCCGACGACCCUGUGCUUCAACGUGCUGUCGCGAAACAUAUAGUUGGUGCGAUGGGAGUGGUUGAUGGUAGCUCGUGGGUAGUUCGGAAGGUUUCUAGGGGCGCGCAAGGCUGGACAUUUACGUACAUCUGCAAAGACUCGCUACAAGAGUGGAAUCACGCAAACGGGAAGAAUACCGACAAAUUUAUAAUCGCUAGUUAUAGUGGUCCAGGUAGUCUAGACCCAACUACUGCCUCUCGUCCUGCUUUCGAUUGUCGUGGGACUCUAAACAUCGCCUUCUCCAAAUCCACCAGAGGUAUCAUCGUCAAAUAUAACCACACGCCUAUUCAUAAAACUGUCCAACAGUUAUUCGACCUUCUUACUCCCGAUUUGCCGCCUCCGCCGGUGAAUAAAGGCACCGCAGCCAACCAGCGAACACCAAAGGUUAAGCGACCCCCACCGACUGAAGGCGAAGAAGGAAGUCGUAGGAAGCGCCCAAGGAAGAAGGACAAGGCGCCAGAAGCACCGAUGGGAGAUGCAGCUAGUGGAAGUGGUCAUGUUAGCCGCACUGGACCUGAAUCGCAAAAUACGGAUCCGAGUGACGUCCAUUAUACCUCGGUUUUAAAUGUACCUCCAGACGAGGCUGCUCGACGCCAACAGACAGCGAUAGAACUCCUCACGGCGGAAGGAAUCGAUCCGGGAACCCUUUCCAGGGACCAGUUCGAAAUAUUUUCAAACCAGUCACCUGAGUUGCAGGCAGCUUCGUUGGAGAUGCUGAAAAUGUAUGGCGCAGAGAAGUUGAGAAUUGUCCACCCGCUUGAUGUGGAUGAACCCACACCUUCUACCUCUACCCCGGCUGAAGGGCAGUCCUCCAAUGUAACUCCUGCAGCUAGCUCGGGACCAAAGUCUGCUCCUGCGACAAAUGAGACGCCUACUAAGAGACGCGGUGGUCGGAAGAAAAAGUCUGACGUAGCAGUAGCUGAAGCGGGUGCAGUGGUUCCAGUGGAGCAAAAUGGUGAGGUCGGGACGACGGCUUCCACUUUGAAGUUGACCGUUAAACCGAGGAAGACACGCGGUGCUUGUCAGACUUGCAAAGUCAGGAAAACUCAGUGUACGAAACAGCACCCCAGUUGUUCUAUCUGCCUUAAGGCCGGCGUAGACUGUGUUUACUUACCUCCUAAGCCACGCCGAAGAAAAUCGGGGAAGUCUGGCGAGGUCGUCGACAACGAGGACUCCGAUAUGCCGAGAGAAGAUGAACAAGACGAAGCAUCUAAUGAAGGCCCUACAGAACUGCCAACAUCAACAGUCCCAGUCCCGGAACAGCACCUGGAACAGCACCCGGAACAGUAUUCGGAACAGUACUCGGAGCAGUACCCGGAACAACACCCGGAACAGUAUUCAGAACAACAUUCAGAACAUUCAGGGCACUCAGGACACUCAGAACGACAUCCAGUACAUGAAGUUGUGUCACCACCCCCGGAUCCCGACAAUGAAGAAUUCAUACCGGACCCGAACAUUUUGUCGGCCUCUAUUGAGCAUCAACCAACUACAGAACCCCCACCAACAGAGCCUCCUCCAACUCACUACUACUCAGGUGCCAGCUCUGGGUUUCCAUUCUCUCAAGAUCCACAGCCUUCAUCUGGACAUUUAACAAUGCCUACAUUGACAUUUCCGGAAUCUCAAACCCGUGGGACUCAAUUCAAAACCUCUCCAAAUUUAACAUUCUCUUCAACUUCGCACCAGAAUAAUCAUUCACCAACGCCAACCCAUUCACAGGUGGCAAACCAGGAGAGGCAGAAUAAGCCAAGGUCCGGUCGCCGUAGCCUUCCUACAAGUCAAAAUAAACAAACACCAGUCCCAGUACCGAUAAUUCCACACCACACUCCUACUUGGAAUGCCUCACCUACGCCAGAACAAGCUGUUAAAUCAUCACCAACGAUGACUAAGAAACAGGCAUCUAGGCGAUCGAAACAACGUCAUUCUAAUAUGGAAACAAAUCAACAAACCUACGAUGAUAAUAAUAUGCAACCAGAACCUGCGCUGUCGCAACCUGCGAUACAGAAGCCGAACCAGCCGCCUUCAAUGAGGGGUUCACCAUACCAGACUGCAGCCCAAGUUAUAACCCAAGCAAGAUCUCAACAAGGUCAGAGGUCACGGACAAAUACACCUGUCACAUCUACGUCCCGCCCUCCUCCCCAAGCUCCCCAAGCUGCUAUGAGCGUAGCCUAUAGCACUGCUCCGUCAAGUUCGACGCCGAAUUUUGACUCUUAUGGACGUUAUAACAAUACGACUAAUGCCCAGUAUGAUAAUGUAAACAACGAUGAGGGCUCAUCUCGUAUUGCCUAUCAACCUGGCUCAUAUCAUCCCAGAACAACCACCACGACGUCAACCUCAUACCCAUCGACGGCGGCAUACGAUUAUUCACGGAGCACCGGAUCGACCAAUCCACUUUCCCGUGCACUAGAUGCCUCAGCAUAUACCAGUACUAGUGGCCCUACAACUAGUCAAUGGGCAACAUCACAAAGCCGAAGUAGUACCCCGCACACUCAGUCACACACAAAUACCACUUAUGCUAUGGCGUCAACUGCUGCUUCUACAUCUCACAAUUAUGGAACAAGAUCUACCGAUCGACAAACCUCACAUCAGAGCGUUCCUUACAGCCAAACCCAAACCCAAACACAAUCGUAUGGAUCUUACUCGACGCAACAACCCAAUACGAAUCAGCAGACCCAGCAGAAUUGGUACGGUAUUACCCCUAACAAUAGUAAUAGCAGUGCAAACCAACACAGUUAUAGUAGUAACCGGAACAGCGGUUAUACCGCUACCGCCAGUUCAAGUCAAGCUGCAUACAACAGCCAUAGAUCUGCCCCUCACAACUAUUCCGGGCACGGCUAUGGCUCUGGGGCAGAUGAUCAAGCUCUAUAUGAUCUAUUGCGGGCUGGCAACUCUGCACAUUAGUUCAGUUUCACGUCUGUGUUGAAGGGGUGUCUUCUGUUUCUACCUGAUAAUACGUGGUUAUCAAGACCAUUCCAGGGUUCUAGGCGAUGGGAAUAGGAUAGGAGUCGCAGUGAUUUGAUGAUUUCAGACUUGCAUACAGGUUACCUUACAUUCUCACGUAUAAAAAUAAGGGGUUUGCGUAUUUGCUUUGGGCGGAUUAAAAAUGGCAGUUGAGGUAUUCACGGUUAGUCACGGUAAUGGAUUACGACCCGGCAACGGCGUAAAUGGAUUAAGGAGUACCCAGGUACAGGUACAUAAGUGAGUACAUAGCUUAGGUAAUACCCACUACAUCAAGGUAUGUAGUAGACGGGUUAAUAUAAGUGAG